AUGACUCUCCCAAAAAGAAAGCACCACCCAAAAAACCAGCAGGGGAGAAGAAAGCUCCAGCAAAACCAAAGGAGCCUAAAGGAGCCGAAGGAGCAUAAAGAAAAGAAAGAGAAGAUAGCUGAUAUAUCAAUGACGAUGACAGAAGAGGAUAGGAAUGUGUUCACGAAUAUCGACCAAGCUUCCAACAAAGGGAAGAAAUUGGCUAUUGAGGAUAUUUAUCAGAAGAAAUCGCAACUCGAACACAUCUUGCUUCGUCCUGAUACCUACAUCGGAUCUGUGGAAUAUACAGAGAAGACAGUACCCACAUUCCUUCCCAUCUCCGCGAUAUGGGGUGCACACCCUGUGAGAUGUAGUUAUUCACUGUUUGACUCCGUAAGUAAUGGAACCGUUCCAUCUGCUUUCAGGGCAAAGAAUCAAGUUUCUAUUUUCAAUAACGGCAAAGGAAUACCCGUUGUGCACCACAAGGUGGAGAAUAUGUACGUACCAGAAAUGAUCUUCGGAACACUGCUGACGUCUUCGAAUUACGACGACAGUGAGAGAAAAGUUACUGGUGGUCGUAAUGGAUACGGAGCCAAGCUUUGCAACAUAUUCUCAACUGAAUUUACUCUUGAAACCUCAUCAAAAGAGUACGGGAAAGCCUUCAAGCAGACGUGGAUCAACAACAUGACCAAAGACAAAGAGCCUCAGAUUGUAAAGGCUACGGGCGAUGACUACACAAAGAUCACAUUUAAACCGGACUUGAAAAAGUUCAAAAUGUCGGAACUGGACGACGAUAUCAUCGCCAAAACGUUGGCUGUCUCGGGUCUCGGUGUGGUUGGCCGUGAUCGCUACGGAGUAUUUCCCCUUCGUGGUAAACUGCUUAACGUUCGUGAAGGAAACAUCAAACAGGAUCAAGACGGUUCUCACAUCAAAGGACUGGUGAUCAACUUCAUCCACCACAACUGGCCAAGCCUUAUUCAACGGAAUUUUGUUGAGGAGUUCAUCACUCCCAUCGUUAAGGCAUCGAAGGGAAAAGAGGAACUUUCGUUCUUCUCAAUACCUGAAUACAAUGAGUGGAGAAAUAAUACUGAAAACUGGAAAUCGUAUAAGAUCAAGUACUACAAAGGAUUGGGUACUUCGACCUCAAAAGAGGCGAAGGAAUACUUUUCUGAUAUGGUUCGUCAUCGCAUCAAGUUCAAAUAUGGUGGAGUCGAAGACGAUAAUGCUGUGGAUAUGGCCUUUUCUAAGAAAAAGAUAGAAGAACGAAAAGACUGGCUGACCAAGUGGAUGGCAGAAAAGAAGGAACGGCGCGCGAGAGGAUUAGAAGAAGAGUACCUUUAUAAUAAGGACACUCGUGCGGUUACCUUCAGUGACUUCGUUAAUAAGGAAUUGGUUCUCUUCUCAAAUACUGACAAUGAGCGGUCAAUUCCCAGUCUGGUUGAUGGAUUCAAACCUGGUCAACGAAAGGUGAUGUUCGCUUGCUUCAAGCGUGCCGAUAAGCGCGAGGUGAAAGUAGCACAGUUAGCUGGUGCAGUUGGAGAGCUCUCUGCUUACCAUCAUGGUGAAAUGUCAUUGAUGGGUACGAUCAUCAACUUGGCUCAGGUUUGUUGA